AUGGCCGACGACCCGCCUGAAGCCAGCUCCAGCGCCGCCGCACGCCCCUUCCCUGUGCAACCAAAGCAGCCGCCCGCCCUGCGUCACCGCCUGCCGCGCUCCCACACCACGCCCUGGGAUGCCUCCGCCUCGUCGUCGUCAAUUGCCCCGCCGCCGCACGUUCUGCGCCGCCGCAGCUCCAUCAUCUCCGACUUCUCCUCCAUCCGCGACUCCACCGACAACAUCCUCAAUCCCGGCUCGCGCGACGCCGACAAGCUGGACCGCGCCGAGCCCACCCACUGGCACUCGCUGCCCCUGGUCUUCGCCAUCCUACCUGCUGUGAGCGGCAUAUUCUUCCAAAAUGGCAGCGCUGUCGUCACCGACAUUCUGCUGCUUGGUCUGGCCUCGCUGCUGCUGAAUUGGUGUGUGCGCAUGCCGUGGGAAUGGUAUCACGCCGCCCACACCCCUGCAUCAUUGGUGCAAGCAGCCGGGAUAGGCCUGUCUGAUACCAUACCAGAGGAAGACUCAGAAGACGACCAAGUCCUCGAAGACUCGCUCACCGCCGACGCAAAGACUGUCUCGGAACACAGCGACAAUGCUCAACAAGACACCCCGGCCCCAGAACGCUCGCCUGAAUAUGUCGCCGCCGUCAGAGAGCUGCAGUUUGACCAGCUGUAUGCCCUUGCCGCAUGCUUCCUGGGUCCAGUCUUUGGUGCAUACCUCCUCCACGCCAUUCGCGCCUCGCUGUCGCGUCCAUCCGAAGGUCUUGUUUCCAACUACAAUCUCACUAUAUUCUUGCUCGCUGCCGAAGUCCGCCCCGCAUCCCAUCUCCUCCGCAUGCUCCGUGCCAGGACAAUGUAUCUGCAGCGCGUCGUGCGCGAGCAAGCCGAGCCCGACUUGAAACCCGAUGAAUCCGUCGUUUCCGACCUAGGCAGGCGCCUCAGCGAACUCGAGUCGCACAUGGCCGACGUCGCUUCCGCCAAUGCCGCCAUUAAACAGAAGGAAAAGUCUGCGGGGCCGACCAAUUCUGCCGAAGUUGUGAAUUCCGUCCGCCAAACCUUUCAGCCUCAGUUGGAUGCGCUGAACCGUGCUGUGCGCCGCUACGAGAAGCGCGCCACGACUCAAACCAUGACGACCGAAGCCCGUCUGCAGGACCUUGAGUCACGGCUCAAAGAUGCGCUCGCAUUGGCAGCUGCGGCGGCGCGAGGCGGGCAGCAGAAAAAGCCAGGUGUCGUCACCAUCUUGUAUGACUGGUUGCGCACUCUGCUCAUGAUCCCUCUGCAAGCCAUGUGGACGCUCAUGGUGUAUCCGUUUCAAAUGCUGUCAAGCAUGACCAUAAGCGUCAAAAAGUUUUUGUUUGGUUACACGAAAAAAGUUGAUAAAAAGGGCAAAGGAAAAGCCAAAAGCGUGCCGGAAAGGGGGCAUGGAAGCUUGAAUGGGUAUAGAGCGCAAGCGGGGCCAAGCGGGAGGAGGUGA